UCAGAAUAAAAUUUGAAUAAGCCGCUGGUGGUCGAGAAAACGAGAGAGAGAGAGAGCUCACUCGAUUUUGAUGGAACACCAUCUCCAACUGAUAAGAACACAUAACCAACUCAUGAAUCUGAGACCCAAUAACCCAUUGUUAAAUUCAGUUUGCUCUCAGCUCAGACCCUUGUGUACUGUUGAAUUAUGUCCAACAAAGCCGAUUAAGAGUUCAAGAAUCAGUGUCGGGAGGGUUAGGGAUAAGGUCUCUGACGCUCAGCUCAAAGACAACUGGUUGGCAUCUCUCUCUUGCCCCUUUCCUCACAUCAGUGACGGUGAACAAGAUUCAAUCCCAACCAAUAAUUCGGAUUCCAGUUGGGUCUUUGGGAUCGACCCAGAUGUUUCUGGUGCCUUGGCGCUUUUGAAGGGCAAUCACUCUGCUUCUUCUGCCCAGGUAUAUGACUCCCCACACUUGAAAGUACUUGUUGGUAAAAGUGUUCGCAGACGUUUAGAUGCAAAAUCUAUCGUUCAGUUGCUUAGCAGUUUCAAUGCUCCCCUUGGUUCAACGGCAUACUUAGAGCAAUCAACGCCGUAUCCACAAGAUGGAAAGCAGGGUUGGUGGAGCGGAGGUUUUGGAUAUGGACUAUGGAUUGGAAUCUUAGUCGGCUUGGGUUUUUCCGUUGUUCCAGUGCCAUCUCUUCUGUGGAAGAAGAAUUUUGAACUCACUGGAAGCAUGUCAACAAAGGAUGAUAGCCGGAGGGUUGCAUCUGCAUUAUUUCCGUCUUUGAGUUCAGAGUUGAGAAGAAAAAAGGACCAUGUCUUGAAAAUCCUGUUGAAGAUCAGUAUGCUUUGUUUAGCCCAGAAUGGCUGGAAAACAAUACUUCAACAAGUAAUACUUCCUUAAUGAGUUCAUAUCCUGAUGAACCUUGUGUUGCACAGAAAUCAGUCGGUAAUUCUUAACCUGCACCACGUGCAAAAAAAAUUAUCUUCAUUUUAACUUUCAUGGGAAGUUGUGUACCAGUCAUUUAAUUUUCACAAAGGUCUUCUAUCACAUGAUUGUUUUUUUUUUUUUCUUUUGUUUUCCUUCUAAGAAAGGUAUUAUAUCACGGGGAAAGGAAUUUCAGCUAUACUUUGUUUUUACCAGACGCUGUUAAAUUUUAUUGAUGAGUUCCGUCAUUGUUUUGUAAGAUCAUCAUAACCUUCUAAGCAUAUGUGUAUUUCUUAUAUUUAAUAUUGUGUUUAUUUUGUUUAAAUUUCAGUCACAGGAGUGUUUAACAUUUUGUGGUAGUGUUUGUUAUUUUAUUUUCUACGAAUCACAAGGUGCUCCUAAAUAUAAGAGACAAUGGAUUUGUCAAAUAUUCUCACCCCCAGUUUAUUUUCCUCGAAUCUUGUUAUUUUAAAGCACUCUUGAGGAUUUGCAGGAUGAUAUUUUUAGCUUGUAUCCCAUUGAAAAGUGCUUUCAAUCUUUUAGACUUUUAUUAUUAUUAUUAUUAUUAUUAUU